UUCACAUUUUGAAAACAGAUCCAACAUAUGUGUCGCGUAGUGACAGAAGGAGAAAGAAAAAGUUAAAACAUUUUUGUCUUAAUACCAAAUGAAUUUAAUCCAGAAUGUGUACCAAAGGACGGUUUUAAUUUUCUUUUAGUGUUAUUCCCUGUCUUUGUUGCCGUUACAAUACUGUAAAAGUAACACAAGGUCAUGGUAAAAUCUAUAAAAACUAAAUAAAAGAUAAUUAUAGAGACAAAGUUAUAAUCUUUUAUCUCUAUACAUAAAUUUUAAUUUUGGUUAACGUAAUGCAAGAAAUAAAAACAAAUGUACCUAUAACGGCAAGAUUAUAUAUUUUUUCCCGUUAAAUUUUAAAAAAAUGAGUUUAGUGAACAAAAGUUAUAUUCUUUGUUUUCUUUGUUCCUCAACUUUGUGCAUGUUACUGAGACAACAAACUUGUUCACUAGAAACCAUUUUUUUUGUGGUCAUAUAUUCCACUCGGCACAAAGAAGAAGAGGAGCAAAGAACGAGAUGCAUGCCUUAUGGGUCUCCUUGAAGGAUAAUGUCAAAUGUGGAAACAAGAUCAACGAUGUAAUCAAGCAGCAAACGAAAUGCAGCAAGGGAAGUGGCUGUGUUUCAGAAUGGGAGAGAACGAAUGCAUAUAAUAGACCUCUGAUGCAAACUCCAACUAGCCUAGUAGUUUCAAGACCAAGCAAUACACUGGGAAGGCUUCAUGAACUGAGUGUUGGAGACCCAUCAAGAAAAAUUGUGGAAAUGAUCUUUCAAAAGGCUUGGCUCAACACAUCAAAGCCACUGAAAAAGGUUAGAACAGUCCUCAGGGUGAGCUACUCAGAAGAAGUCCUUGAAAGGUUUGAAAAAUAUAGAGAAAAUGUGAAGAAGGUGGCCUCUGAGCAAUAUCCAAGGCAUCCAAGGAGCACUGUUGAUGGGAAUGAGCUGUUGCGGUUCUAUGGUACUACAAUGAGAUGUUUCCAUGGGAAAUCUACGAAGAGAGUUCAUGAUCUUUGUAAAGAUCCAUCUUGUUAUCUUUGCCAAAUAAUUCAAUUUAACUUCAAGACACAAUACGCAGACAUUCACCCGAACACAAGUGACAAAGAAUUGAGUAACAGAGGAAUUGCAACUGCCAGGGUACAUAGCGUGAAAAAGGCUGCAAUAAUUUGCAGGAUAAUUGCUGGAACUCGAGUAAAUGAAGUUGAUGGUGAAUAUGAAGGACCUGGCUCAACUGGGUUAGGAGAAAUGCAGUUUAGCUUAGAAAAAUUUGUAGUAAAAAAUCCCAGUUCUGUUCUUCCUUGUUUUGUAAUAAUUUUCAGCUAACAAGUUUUGUAGGUGUAAAUUGUCAUUAUUCUUUUUAUCUUUGUAAGGGGUAUCAUAGAAAAAUACAGAAUACAUGUUAGUACUGGAAUUAUUGUAAGGGUAUCUAAAUUUUAUGUAUCGUGUUUGCUGGUACUGGAAUUAUUGACAUAAAUAUA